AUGUCCAACAUCUCCCUCAACAGCAGCACGCGCAUCAUCCAGCGCCAGAAGAGCAUGGUCGAGGUCGAGCAGGAGGAAGAGCGCACUCUGGUCAAUGAUUUCUUGAUCUCCCUCGUCGAGCCGAGACCGAGCAUCGGGCCGGCGUGUGGGAGUAUCGAGGCUGUGCUCGACGGGAGUGCUUGA